UUACUAAAAAUAACUGGGAAAUUAUGAUUUAUGUGCAUUUUAUUUAUUAAGAGCCACAACAACAGAGCUAACGAUCUGGCGCUUUUGUCAUAUAUAAUUUAAAACAUUUGAGUUUUAAAUUCUCUUUCGGUUAAGUCAGCUGUUGUUGGGCAGGAAAUAACUCGAUUAUUUAGAACAAAUCUUUCAUACACAAAUACAGGUUUAAGAAAUAUUUUAACGUACUGUUGAAGAAAAUAUGUAUUUUAAGAUUACUUAAAAGUGAGCUCACUGCUCAGCUGUAGGCUACAUAUAUACGUAUUUAUAAAACGUAAUAAUAUGUUAAAGGUCUCGACAUAAAAAGUCUUGUGUACGACGGUACGUGAACGCACCAUGGACUUAAAACUCGCCCGUAAAGCACCGUGUAGUGGCGCAAAUGGCGGGCGGGGGGGCCGCAUCUCGCCGUUGACGCUGCAGCUCUGGACUUCUCCUGACUCGGCCUGUCUAGUUCACCUCCCUGAUACAGCUUGCGGUUGUCAGUGUCUGUACUAAACCUUUACGGCAGCACGGAGGCAGAGUUCAGCCGUGGCGGAGGAACUACGGGUUUGACAGGAGCGACGGCAUCCUGUCAGCGUCAGGUGGAGCCUCUUGAUUUAUGACCUGCCCGGUUUAACGGCGGGCGUGUCCGUCCUCCUGUCAUUAGCUUCCUAGCAGCUUUCACGCUAAAACAACCUGGAACCCGGCGGAGUUGACGUGCGCCGCCUUCAUACAUCCCGCGUUUAUUCGUGCCACGUCGAGCCGCGGACUGGUGCUCUGUUGAAGCCACCGAGCAGCGGCGGGGUUCUCCUGCACGAUGAGCGGCGAUGACCUGAACCCGGCGGCGGUGCCUCAGCCGGUGGAGGAUCUCCAUGGAGACGGACGGUGGCUGGCGCAGCAUGCGAGGUUUGUGCAGGAGUGCAAAGACGGGGAACCAGAGGUUCUUUUCGUAGGGGACUCGAUGGUGCAACUGAUGGAGCAGUAUGAGAUCUGGAGGGAGAUGUUCUCUCCUCUUCACGCGCUCAACUUCGGCCUUGCCGGGGACACGACCUGCAACGUGCUGUGGAGGCUGCAGAACGGAGAGCUACAGAACAUCCGCCCAAAGGCGGUGGUUUUGUGGGUCGGAACCAACAACCAUGCACACACAGCGGAGCAGGUCGCAGGAGGAAUCGUUGCCAUUGCACAGCUGCUCACCAACCGGCUUCCCAAAGCGAAGAUUGUUGUACUGGGUCUGUUACCUCGGGGGGAGCGGCCCAACCCGCUGAGAGAGAAGAACGCCGCCGUCAACAGGCUCCUGUGCUCCUGGCUGCCACGGCUGGGCCAGGCUUCCUUGUUGGACGUGAGCAAAGAAUUCGUCCACUCGGACGGGACCAUCAGCUCACAGGACAUGUUCGACUACCUCCACCUGACGUCGGCAGGCUACCGCACCCUCGCCAAGCCUCUCCUCGACCUGCUGCUUCAGAUCCUGGAGGAGACGCCAGAGGACAGGAGGGCGUCGCUGGUUUAGCCGCCUCGGGCCCCCCAGGAGGCCUCUCCUGCUGGGAGCAGCAGAAGGGGCCCUUGAGCAGAGGGUUGGGUUUGGAGGACGACGCCGCUGAAGACGUAGACACCGAUUGCAUUAGUAGCCUGUAAGUCCAGUCCGCCGCAGUCACAGAUGGUAGAAACAGACACAGAACGAUGUUUGAUCUGUUCCGCACUGAGCCGGGGGGAAAAAUAUUAUCUUUUAGCUGUUCAGAGUCUCACCUGUGGCUGUAUUUUGAUGUCAGUGAUCGUCAGUAAACCAAGCAGUAAAGAGGUAAAGCCUCUCCUGUCACGUGGAUUGGUGCAGACCGUCCGUCUCAUUUACAUUCUAGUAGAUUUCUCAGUGUCUGAAAACCGAUCAAAAUUAACUUUGAACAUAAUUUUACUUUAAGCAGCACGUCUUCUGUCAGCUUCUGCAACUCCAGUUUUAGAACCCGGUCAUCACUAUAAAAUGCAUUGCAGACGUUCCCAUAGGCCCACUAUAUGCUUAUAUUAAAGUUGGACUUUUGUUUUAGUCAAAUCUUUUUUUUCUUCAGGGUGGAAUAAUUGCACAACACACAACCUCAAUAAUCUCAAAAUAAGAUAUACGUUCAUUGUAAAAUUUCUCUAAUUUAUACAGGGUCAACAUGUUUCAUAGAGGCUCCAGUAUGUCCGUGAGUCUCCCUUACCAAGUUGCAGAGAAACGUUUUUGGAGUCGUCAACAAGCUUGUGACGCAUUUCUUGCAGGAAAUUUGACCGCUCUUCUUUUCAGAAUUGGUAGAGCUCAUUUUUGAUUGGUUGCUUCCCAGACGGGAUAAUCCAUCAAAAGGGUUGAGGUCCGGCCCGUUCCCGAACACCCAAACUGAAGAAUUCAGAGGUGGUCUUCCUCCUCUAUUACAUUCAGUGUGUGCAAUUCACCGGCGUCACUACCACUAAAACGAACCCUUGGCGUAAUGCUGCCCCCCCUCCACUCUGCUGAAGUUUUGGUACAGUUCUGUCAGGUUUGACAGCCGUACCCGAACCUUGAAGGCGUCUGUUUAGGAGCAGGCGCUUUGCUCCGUCGUUGCUGAGAAACUGGUUUUACUGGGAAUGGCGGCAGUGGCGGUCUAGUAUCUUUCGGGUCAUGGUAGGCUUACGCCUUUUGUGCUUCCUGAGUUGCUGUUGAACGUUUUAAAGAUAUGACCGUUCAUCUUGUAGGGAGGGGAGUUUGCUCCAGAGGGUUCAGUGACCCCAAAAAAAAAAAGACCUAAACUGUGAACAAAGCAGGCUAACACUAAGGUUUUGGAAAGCUCCUGAUCUCAACCCUGUUCAAUAUGUAGGAACUUACGGACCGGUCCGUAAGCCAGUCCGGCUAAAAGAGGAGCAGAAAUUAUGCCAAAUGGUUCCAAAAAAGCUCUACAGCUUCUGCGUUUAACUAAAUAUUAGUGUGGAUGUACUUUUAGGUAGCAAGACAUCAAGAAAACAUGCGAUGUUCCAGAAUAAUAUAAACAAAUACAAAGUGUUUGUUUCUUUCUGAUUUGGGUUCAUAGCAACCUUUGGCAACUGGAAACAUCUAAAAUCUGUUGUUUGGAUGUCAGCAAAGAGGUUUUAUUGAAUGGUUGCUUCUGGCAGAAAGCUGCUGUCGAGGCAUUAAAGCGACUGUUGUUUCCUAAUCACCUCAGCAGCUGUUUAGCUUCUAAAAUGUUUAUGCUGCAUUAAAACAAGUGUCACCAAAUAACAGGCACAGAAAGCCUGAGACUUACUUAAACACUUACUGCAGUUCUUUAUGAAAUGCAUAUAGAAUAGUUUUGACCCUGUGGAUUGGAGAAAAUCCUCAUGAAAUGACAUUAAAUGCACCAAAUUCUCGCCUUCAAGCUUCACAGUAGUUGUAUGUUUUAUUAUUUGACCCUGCGGGGGAAAAAAAAAGACUCAGCACCGUGUCUGUAAACUUGUGUAAAGAAGUGGAGACAGACGGCUGUAUUUGGCCCGUCAGCAGAAUAUCUCCCAGCUUGUGCUCGUCAAACUGGAUGCUAACGCGGCACAGCAGCGUGUUUGCUAACGCGAGCCUCCACUGUGUCGUAGAAAGAGCUGGACGUUAGCCACGCCCAGCCGGUAUCGAGCAACCUUCCAUAUUAGCGACGCCGAUCGCAUCGUAGCUGCCCGACAUUCUGUCAGUCUUCCAGACACCUUCAGUGAAGAGCAACGCUCCUUCCCCUUCCAGCAGCUUUAUUUACUCUGCAUCCAUGAUUAAACGUCAUUGUUUGGAUAGCACAUUAUAUAUGGCAACUUCUUUGUAAAUGCUUUGUAAAUCAGUAUGAGCACAGAUCUAAAUGUACUGGUUGACUGAGUCCUGCUAGCUGUUGCAGAAAAAAAA